AAGGAGGGGUGAUGACGAUGGCGAAGAUGAUGUCUCUUUAAAGAGAGAGAUUGUUCCUGCUGAGUUGUUUCUCCUCCCGCGGUAUAAAAGCUCAUCUCUCUUCACCCUGCCGCAGUCUGCAUCCGGCUUAGAGAUGAGCUACCCACUGGACCACCUCUACGGCCACGGAUCCUACCGCAGGACACCACAGGGACACUCUGCCCGGCCCGCCGCUUCCCUCUCCUCCUCCGGCUACCACUCCCAGCCAUGGACGACCUCCCAGCGCCACCGCCCGGCCUACAGCCAGGUAGCCUCUGCAGACAGCUUGGAAAUCUUUAAUGGCGACAUGACUCGGAGGAACGAGAAGGAGAUUCUGCAGACACUCAACGACCGGUUCGCGGGUUACAUCGACAAGGUGCGGAACCUCGAGCUGAUUAACUCGAAUCUGGAGCAGGAAGCGGCUGCACUGCGACAGAGCCAGACCGGGCGCGCUACGGUUGGAGAGCACUAUCAGCGUGAGCUGGGGGACCUGAGGGUUAUGGUCCAGCAGUUGACCGGGGAGAAGGCACGCACACUCUUGGAGCAUGACCACCUUGAAGAGGACAUCCAGCAUGUGCGGACUAGGCUCGAGGACGAGGCACGCAGCCGGGAGGAGCUGGAGGCCGCAGCACGCGUCAUGAACAAGUAUGUGGAUGAGUCUGGGCUUGCACGGCUGGAGCUGGACAAGAAGCUGUUCGCGCUGCAGGAAGAAGCCGCGUUCCUGAAGAAGAACCACGAGGAUGAGGUGGCCGAGAUGCUCGCACAGAUCCAGGGUACACAGGUGAGGUUCGAGGCUCGAGACACGAUCAAGGCGGACGUGACGAGCGCGCUGCGGGAGAUCCGCGCUCAGCUGGAUGGCCACGCGACCAAGAGCGCAAUGCAGGCAGAGGGAUGGUUCAAAGUGCGUAUGGAACGGUUGGCGGAUGCAGCUCACUCUAAUAAGGAUGCAAUCCGCGGUGCCCAAGAGGAGAUAGCCGAGUAUAGACGGCAGCUGCAGAGCCGCACCAUCGAACUGGAGACCCUCAAAGGAACCAAGGAGUCUUUGGAGAGACAAUGCAUGGAUAGUGAGGACAGACACCAUGGGGAUAUCCACUCCCUACAGGAGACCAUCCACCAGCUGGACGGUGAGCUGAAGAGUACUAAGUGGGAGAUGGCCAGUCAGCUGAGGGAAUAUCAGGAGCUGCUGAAUGUCAAGAUGGCUCUGGAUAUAGAGAUAGCUGCCUACAGGAAGUUGCUGGAAGGGGAGGAGACUCGGUUCCUAUCUGGGCCAAGCCUGUUCUCCUACUCCUCCGUUCACCUUAAGCUUAAGGGGGAGGAGCUCUCAGACACAGUCAUACUGGAGGAACAGACGGAUGAGACACAGGUCACUGAGGUGACAGAGGAAGGAGAGGAAGAGAAGGGCGAAGAGAAUGAAGAGGAAGUAAAGGAUGAGGAAGAGGAUGAGACCAAAGCUGAGGUAGGAGAGGGGGAAGGAUCUGAGGAUAAGGGAGGAGAGGAGGAAGAGGGUGAUAAGGAGGAAGGGGAAGGAUCUGAGGAUAAGGGAGGAGAGGAGGAGGGUGAUAUGGAUGAAGAGGAAGGAUCUGAGGAUAAGGGGGAAGAGGAGUCAGGUGAGGAGAAAGAGAAGUCUAAGUCACCUGAGGAGACUGCUUCUCCAUCUAAGUCUCCCACCAAAACCCCCCAGCCCAAAUCUCCCGCCGUCAAAUCCCCUGAAUCCAAAUCACCCCCAGCCAAAUCUCCCCUCCCCAAAUCACCCGCCAAGUCUCCUGCCCCCAAAUCUCCAACGGAGAAAUCUCCCCAGCUCAAAUCCCCAGAGUCUAAGUCCCCUCCUCCCAAGUCCCCCCUCCCCAAGUCUCCUGAACCCAAGUCCCCCAUCCAGGAGAAGGCCAAGCCCCCUGCAGAAGACAAACCAGCCAAGGAGGAGAAGAAAGAGAAGGAACAACCCCAGCCUGUAAAAGAGGAGGAGAAUAAACAGGAGCCAGAACCCAAGGAGAAAGAGAAGAGUGGGAGCGAGCCUAAAGAGAAGGCUGAGGAGAAGACAGACAAACCAGAUCCAAAGAAGGAGAGCAAGCCAGAGGAGACCCCAACACCUGCCCCUCCUGCCGCCGCCUUGGCCAAGCCUGCAGAGGAGAAGCCCGCCCCCGCCAAGGAGAGCCCCGCCCCUGCUAAGAAGGAAGAUGAGAAACAGGCCCCAUCCAAAACAGAUGACAAACCUCAGGCAGAGUUGAAGCCUGCCCCCAAAGAAUCACCAGAGAAAACAGAGAGCAAGAAAGAGAAGAAACCAGAGCCCAAAGAGGAGGUGAAGGAGGACAAGCAGGAGGCCUCUAAAGGGUCCGACAGUAAAGAGGUUAAGGAUACGAAGGUGGAAGGUAAGGCAGAGAAGGACGAAAAGUCCUCCAGCACUGAGGUCAAAGAGAAAGCCAUGAAGUGAAUCACUAACGCGUUGUGUAUGAGCCUAGAGUGAGAGAGAGAGAGAGAGAGAGAGAGAGAGAGACGCCAAAGAACUAUCGGGGAGGGAUGGGAGGGGGAAGGGAGGGAGGCUACUGAAGAUCUGAGAAGCCUUUGUAAAGAUAGGCCAGAGCAGAGUAGGAGACAAACAAUAAACAAGCAAAGCAAUAGUGUUUCUCUAGUUCCUAAUCCCUGGGUACUCAACCCUGAUAUGAUGCUUCUUCUAAUGUAUGACUGUAAAGAAUGCAGAAUGCUCUAAACUCUAUCUGAAUGUGUCUGACUUCCCAACAAUAAUAUCAAGUGCAUUAAAAUAGCAACAUCGCUCUGGCUGGGAGCACAGCACAGGGCCAUGUACCUUCUGAAGCCUUCAAGGGCAAAGAUGUCAACAAAUGUCUAUAAAAGAUUGUGUCAGGUGAAUAUAUUGUACUGUAUGUGUAUAUUUAUGACGAUAUAAAUUAGUAUAUUAUAUUGACUAUAAAAAGCAAAGAGACUAUGAACCCGCUCAUUGUGCACCUUAAACAGCUCCCUGUCUGAUGGUUAUGCUGAGUCACUGUGCUGUGGUUAGUAUGCUAGGUCAGGGAGGAGAACUCUGAAGUCAGGGAUGACUGUGCCAUGUAUAAACUGCUGAGAAUAUGCAAUAUAAACUGAUGUAACUAAUAAAAUGUUCAAACU